GGGAGGAGAGAGUAGCUAGUGGUUGCUAUCGCCAUGAAAGUCAGGGCAAAGCUCAGAGCCACGGAGAGAUAUGAAAGGACUACACUGGGGAAUAUCUGCCUAGGGAAAAACAAUGUUUUCAGCCCAUUAAGUUGGAUAAACAAAUGGCUUACUGUAGGUGAUGAAAGGCGUGGACACCAGCGAGAAAACAGUGGAAAAUCAAUAACUCCAGAGGGACGGUGAAGAAGAAUUAAUAGGAUGCCCUGAAAUGUACUUGAAGACGCCAACUGCCUACAUCAGUGGAACCAUUUGUCUGGCUCUAAAUUGAGGAGGAGGACCAGUGGUGUUUCAGAGACUGGCAGAGAUGGGUAAUGCCAUGCGGGGCGUAGUUGCUUUCAUUCCCUCAGAGCGCUGUCAACGCUUCCUAGUGGGGGACCUGAAGGAGAUGCCACUUGAUCGGACAUUGGAUCUGAGCAGUCGGCAGUUGCGUCGGCUACCUGUUGCUGCCUGUGUUUUUGGUGAGCUGGUGAAGCUCUACCUGAGUGACAACAACCUCAGCAGUUUACCAGCUGACCUGCAGGGCCUGAAGAAGCUGCAGCUCCUUGCCUUAGACUUCAACUGCUUUGAAGAGCUCCCUGCAGCUGUUUGCAGAUUGCCUCAGCUCAGCAUCCUUUACCUGGGUAACAACAGGCUUUACAGUCUCCCCAGAGAACUAAGCGAGCUCAAGGAGCUUAAUACUCUGUGGCUGGAGACUAAUUGCUUCACUGUUUUCCCUCAGGUGAUUUGUGAGCUCCCUAAUCUCAAGACCCUGCACCUUGGUUAUAACCAGAUACAGAGUUUACCAAGAGAGCUUGGAGUGCUGGAAGAGCUGAGAAGUAUCUGGCUGGCUGGGAACCAGCUGGGAGCGUUCCCACCAGUGUUGCUGGAAAUGCACUUCCUAGCAGUCAUUGAUGUGGAUCGGAACAAAAUACGUUACUUCCCUGGCCUGUCUCACAUGCAGGGGUUGAAACUUGUCAUCUAUGACCACAACCCCUGCGUUAACGCCCCGGUGGUGGGCGACGGAGUCAGAAGAGUCGGGCGCUGGGCAGACAGCUCAGAUGAUGAGCAGGAAGAUGAUGGGUCGAAAGCAGCAGGUGAGACUACAGUGGAGGUCACGGAGGUACUACCUGAGGAGGAGCACAGCAUUUAGGGUCAAGGAACAAAGUGACCUUAAGCUGUGGGGAGGCGUGGGGGACAUUCAAGUGGAACACUUGACGCUGACUGGUGUGUUGUACACAAGGCUGAUGGCGUCUGGUCUAUAUAUGGUAAAGGAAAGUCGUUGUAUAAACCAUGUUAGUCAAACGGGAUGUUUGAUACUGAUCCUAUAAAAUGUGGGUGCCUUAUUUGAAUUAGUACAACUCUGUAAAUGGAUUCAAUGAAAGCUUCAGUGACAUUUGAAAUGACAUUUAAUUCCCACCAACAUCAGAUGUUCUGUUAUUCAAACAUGUUUAACAUCUUUAUCUUAUGGUAUUAAACAUAUCUGUUGAUCUUUUCAAGUUUUGUACCAUAUCUGUGGGAUCCAUCAGAACUGGCAUAGGUACAGUAUGUCGACUUAAUAAACUGUGAGUGCAAUAGACUUCUGUUGAAUUGACAGUGCAGUUGGUCAGUAUGACAGAGAUGAGGAAAUAGAAAGCAUUCAUUACACACAUGUUGUUGAAGCUGAGUAUGAGAUGAUAUCUGUACCUACUGAGGAUAAAUACAGUGAGGUUUUUAAUACAAGUGAUGGAUGGUUUUAAUACAAUUAGUGCACUCCUUAUCCAGACCAAUGCAUAAUUCAUCGGAUAGAUUGGGGCUGUGGCUUUGAAUAAGGCUGCUAAUGGGCUUCAAUAUCUUCGCUAUAAGGUUCCGAUUUGAAACAGAUCGUAAAUGCAGCUUUCCAAUUCCUCAGCAUACCAGGAAAAUGUUCUGUAAACAAGAUGAAAUGCCAUCCAACAAUGUAUCAUUUCAGGGAUUUUGAAUACUUCUUAACAGACCGUAGGAAAAUAUAAUUAGAAAAGGCUACACACCAGCCUUUUUCCUGGAAAUGUGAUUAUUUCACACAGCAUGAACACACUAAACUACUGUAUAACCAUAUUGAAUUAAACAACCAUUUUAUUGUCUGCAUGUAAUCGUAGAGUUUCUAUGAAAAUGACAUCAUUCUAAGUUAUACAAAUGCUGUUCAAUGUGUUA